CAUUUUUCAUCUGUCGCGCUCACAAUAAUUUUUAUUAAAUCGCGAAAAACUAUUAAUUACAGUGAAAUAUAAAUAUUGAAAGUAGUGCGAAUUGAUAAAAUGUAUCAAGUAACAGCUUCUCAAACUGAGCAGAACAUAAAACUCAUUUCGUGCGUUAAACAGCACAGAUGCCUUUUUGAUCACUCGGAUCAGAAUUAUAAGAAUUCUGUGCACGUGGAUCGUUCCUGGUCGUCUGUCUCAAAAGAUUUUGGCGAAAGUAUCUCAGAUUGUAAGAAAAAAUGGCGACAUUUAAGAUCCAGUCUAUCUCGGUACCUAAAAAGCUCAAAAGAUCAGGCUAAGAAUAAAAACAACAAGCUCAAACCAUAUUAUUUGCUCCAACAUAUGGACUUUUUAGUUCCUUACACAAAAACAUUAGAGAUGAAAUCGGAAAGUGUCAUAACUAAGUAUGAAUCUACGGACGAGCAGGAGACUUUUACAGAAAUGAAAGAAGAUCCGUCAGCAUAUGACCAUGAAAUCAUACAGGAAUCACAGUCGAUGGACGAUGAAGAGGAUAUUGUAUAUGAAGCAUAUGAAAUACAGGAACAAAUCCCGACAUCGUCUACAGCCGUUACACCGAAUUGUGAUCGAAAAUCACAAAUUACUUUAGUCCGUUCAUCGCAUACAAAUAAUCAACAAAAUGCUUCAAUUCCUCAAUUGCAGCCAUUAAUUAAUACAAUGUCAACACCCCCAAAAUCAUCGCCACAAACUCUGCAAUUAAAUGCAGCACAGAUCUCACAAAUCACCCAACAACAACAGCAACAGCAGCAACAAUCACAAGCUCAGUCUGUAAAUAUGCAUCAGCAACAACAGUCAAUGCCUGUCCAAAAUACAAUUAUCCCAAUAUCUGAUGAUCAAGGAAGUGCAGAUUUGAAUUUCUUCCUUGCCCUACUACCCGAUGUUAGAAAUAUGAAUCAAGAUCAAAAGCGACGACUUCGUAUCGGUACACUUAAAUUGAUUGACGAGAUCCUGAACGCAUCUCAUUAAAAGAAGUUUAAUAUUUUGAGUUAUUUUUGUUUCAAGUACUGAUCAUUAUGUAAAAAA